AUGGCUAGCCCAGGCAAAAUCAAAUGUGACUCCGAGUUGCUCAAACAAGGCAACACACCAUCAACCGGUGACACCAAACACAUCGGUGUAUAUGGAAGAUCUUCCAGCACAUACAUAUGUCAGGAUAGUUGGCAUGAUCUCCCGGUGACAACUCUGGACGAUGGAGAACAAACGUCCGCCUCAGAUCUACACAUUAAUGACUCUGUCAUAAUCAUAUCAAGGUCGUGCGUCGGCGGGUCUGGUCAUAUCCUCCAAUUCAGGGGUAAAACUAAUAAAAAGACGGAAACACGACCAUGUGCAGUAGAGUGUUUCCAGACCGAAUGUUUGUCUAUCAACUACCACAGUGAGACUAAUGAGUGUCAGCUCAGUACAGACUCUCCCUACACCAAACCGGUGUUAGUACAGCAGGCACAAUACUGGGAAAUCUACUACCUACAGAAAGAAAAUGACUGGGAGCUGGUCUUCAGAGCUCAGGCAUACAAUAACAUCAGUCCUUAUAAUGCCUGGAUGGGGACGUUGUCUCUACUAACUUCAGUGGAAGAGGGCUGCCUGCUAUUGAUGAAUACAUCCACAUGCACAACCAUAUAUAGAAACGAUAUUCUGAACACGUGGGAUUCGGAGAGUAUUUCUGAGGUAAAGCUAGAACUCUACAAAGCCGGUGUCAGAGUGGUAAACAUCCGCUUUGAUGGUAAAGGAUCGAAUUAUACCGACUGGUUUGGGAUCAACAGAUUAAUAGACAGUGGCUGGGAGACCUUGUCUAAAAGUCGAAAUUUCGCUUACUUCUCAGUGCGUGGAUCAUGUCAGCGGUCCUUUUACAUCAAUGAGCACUUCAUAGGCUGCCCUUCUGACAAAGGAUUGAUAUUAGUGAAUGAUCUUAACUAUACCCCUUGUCAAUGCACAUAUGACACAACGUCCAACAGACCUGAAUUCAUGUAUGCUCCUGGAGAGGAUGUCACACAAUGGGAAGAUUACAAUUAUGGCCGAGCGGAUGUGUUAGCAGUGUUCAUCAAACGAUGA